AAAACAGCUGUGUUUACCCUGUUAAAGUUAACAGGCCGCUGUUAGCAGAGUUAUCGAUAUUUUCAAUCAUCUGUGACUUGUUGUUUGUGGGCUGCUGCUAACGAAAACAGUUUUUACACGUAAAUAAAUUUAAUUACCUUAAUUAAUUGGCCGAAGCUAAACAAAGAGCUGUGACGCGACUGCAGAAUAAACCGAAAAGGAAGCCUAGAUCUGGGCCAGGACACCCCGCCAAGCCAGCCAGGAAGAACAAUGCGACGCAAUGCGCGACAGCAACUUCACAAUCUGGAGGACGUGGACCCCGACGACGUGGAGGACAUCUUCGCCCGUCCCGCCUACGACGACGACGAGUUCGAGGACCUGCUCCCACUGGCCAGGAGACCCAACGGCCACGCCCGCCUGGGGCGCUACGAGAACACGCUGGAGGUGAAGGUCCAGGAGGGCGACACUCUGCAGGCUCUGGCGCUGCGCUUCCACUCCUCCGUGGCGGACAUCAAGCGGCUGAACAAGAUCGACCGCGAGAACGAGAUCCACGCGCAUCGGGUAAUCCGCAUCCCGGUCACCGUGCACAACGUCCUGCUGGGCAACGGUGGGUUCGAAGCCCUGCCCGCAGUCCACCGGAGCGGGAACAACAGUCCCAGGCACAACCUGGAGCGGGAGCCAGCCCCCGAACGCAAUCCCCUCGAGGAUGCGCGCCAAAUGCUGGACGAGCGACUCCUGGUUGCGGCGGUGAACGCCUCAGGCGCCCAGGAUCCCGACCUGCCAUCGACGAGCAGAGCGGCUGGGCAGUUCUACGAGGGAGCCCAGGGUGCGCCCAAUGACGAAGCAAAUAUGGAGCAACCCUUCGAGGAAAAUGCCGCUUUGCUGAACCACAUGCUGGUGGACAGGCAUGCUCCGCUGGUGCGUCCCAUCCCUGGACCCUCUUUGAGUGCCAUCGACUGGUCUGGAUCGGAUUGCGACUUGUCCUGGAUAUGUCUGCUGAUCUUCAUACUCGCCCUGUGUGUCGUCAUACCGCUGGUCUACGUCAUCUACCUGGCGGAGCAUCCGCAUCACAAUCACAGCGCCCAGUAGUUGGGUUGAUGCCUAUCCCCGCCCCCGCCCCCGCCCCCGAAGUGAUCAUCAUUCCAAAUGUACCGGCAACUUCUCACUUCUCACCUGUCCCUCUCCCUCUCUCAAUCUCCCUCUCUCUCUCUCAGAUCAGCCGGGCGCAUUCAAAAUGCAGUCGCAGGCAGUGGAAUUUAUUUUUAUACCUAAAUGUAUAACUUUAUAUUGACUCUUGUGUACUGUACUUUUUAAAUAACUACGAUUUGCGUGCUUCCAAGUUGCAUAUAGACGUUUAUGCUAUGCUCCACAUCACUCCUGGCAGCCAAAACAAAUAAAACGAUCCUAAGAUCCGAUUGUGUUGUGAAUA